GUAAUAAACCGGAGCCAUCCGAGGCAUUGAGUUGAGUCGUGUUGCCUGACUAUUAUUAAAUUAAGACACCUAAAUAAGUAUAUAGGUGAAACAGAGGACAUAACACUCAGCACCACUUCAAGAUGGCGGCCCAAUUUCUCGCGUCACAGCAGCCAAUGCUGCGUCUACUUAGAACUUGUCUAUGGUGAUAACUACCUACUUACGCCCAGCGAAGAAGACGCAAAUGGCAAGAUGGCGAUGUACGUGAAAUACACGAGUUGCCUUUUCUCCGUGGAGAGAGGAAUGUUCCUCUCCAGGGCGAGCACAUUCAGUGUGGAAUGUAAACGUUAUGUUCGUGGGCUGAGACGCAGGCCGGUCAGCGUGAUGUUUCCCACGGACACACACGUGACAGCUGCAGGAGCCAAGGAUAAGAAGGACGUGAGAGUGAGUGAUGACGGAGGCGACUUGAUGAAGGGGAGGAGCAACAACAUGAUGAAGGAGAAGAGCAACAUGAUGAAGGAGAGGAGCAACAGCAUGAUGAAGGAGAGGAGCAAUAGCAUGAUGGAGAGGAGCAACAUGAUGAAGGAGAAGAGCAACAUCAGCGAGACAACUUGUCAUGUGGCUGAUGGUAACAUAGAUGGCCACCCAUUCGAGAGGGCGUCACCUGGGGAUAAACGUCUGGCGAGGCUGGUGAGCGUCGCUCGUUCCAGAACGUUCCGGGAGCAACAGGGUAAGGUGCUGCUGGAGGGUCGCCGUUUGAUCCGCGAUGCCUUGAAUUCAGGCGCCAUUCCUCAGACGGUCUUCUUCAGUACCGCCGACCGCCUGCGGGAGCUGCCCUUGGACAAGCUGAGGAGGGCCUCGCUGGUCAAAGUCAAGUUUGAAGACAUCAAGCUGUGGUCUGACCUGGUGGCCCCGCAAGGAGUAAUAGCAAUAUUUUCCCGCCCUGACGCAUCACGGCUGCGCUUCACAGAGCGCACACAUUGUGUGCCUCUGACUCUCAUCUGUGACCAGGUGCGUGACCCUGGCAACCUGGGCACCAUGCUGAGAUGUGCUGCUGCUGCCGGCUGCCACAGUGUCCUGCUCACUAAAGGCUGUGUGGAUGUCUGGGAGCCAAAAGUCCUGCGAGCUGCGAUGGGCGCCCACUUCCAUCUGCCCAUUUAUUCCAGUUUGAGUUGGGAGGAAGUUGAGGAUCAUCUGCCUAAAGAGGUAACUGUGCAUGUGGCCGACAGCACCAGCAAAGCUGAUGGGAACAACCAUGAGAAAUCUCCGUCUCACACACCUUCCAAACCUGGCGACUUGGGCUGGGUGAGUGUAAAGUCUGGCCGUCAUCAGACACCAGUUGAGGAGGAUGACUGUGAGUAUGAGGAGUUUCCAGUGGACACCAGGCUGUACCACCAACUCUGGGCCCAGAGUCCAACUGCACUUGUAGUGGGAGGAGAGACUGAAGGUCUAAGCAUCCAAGCCAUCCAGGUGGCAGACAAGACCAAAGGCCACAGGCUUUGUAUUCCCAUAGUUCCUGCUGUGGACAGUUUGAACUCAGCCAUGGCUGCUAGUAUCCUGCUGUUUGAGGGCAGGAAGCAACUCUUAGAAGCAAUGCAAACUUCUACCAAGCAAUGGUCAUCCAAAGCUGGACGUCAGCUUUCAUAAUAUUUAACUCCAUUGUUGUAUGUAAACUACACAUCCCUUGGCAGCUCAAACAUAAUAAAAUCACUACUGCUGUAA